UUAAAAUUUAAUGAAAUUUACACUCCAUGUUUACUGGCAGGUGCGAUAAUGCCCCGCAUAUUUAACAAGCCUCCAUUAAUUCGGAACUGCGGCAUUUCGUUCACGGACUUUCCGCUAUUAACGCGCUAAAAUGAUGAUCUCCGAUCAUCUCUUUGAUGAUGGCAUUAACAAUACAAUGUUGCAAAAUGAUAUGAACAAUGUUCAAAAGAACAUUCACAAGACAAUAUACGGUAAAACACAAAGAGAGUACGAACAAGAACAACGGGAUCAACUCUCUUCGCAAGAUGGAGAAACAUGUGAAAUUCACGAUCAAUUUUAUCGAGACCAUAAAUUAUUGUUAGUUUUAUUCCGCGCACUUGCUGUUAUGCCCAUCAUCAGGUCGGGUCCUGGAACAAUCACGUUCAGCUGGAAGUCCAGCGCCACAGCCUACGCCAUCUGCUUCUACAUAGUAGCGACUAUUGUGGUGUUGAUAGUUGGUUACGAACGCAUCGUGAUACUGCACUCCAUCCGAAGAUUCGACGACUACAUCUAUGCUAUUCUUUUCGUUGUAUUCUUGGUACCGCAUUUUUGGAUUCCAUUUGUUGGUUGGGGUGUGGCGCACCAAGUUGCCAUUUAUAAGACUAACUGGGCAAAAUUUCAAGUCAGAUAUUAUCGAGUGACUGGAAAAAAUCUCCAAUUCCCUAGUCUUAAAACGGCCAUUAUCGUUAUAAGUAUUGGUUGUUUACUUCUUGCUAUUUGCUUUCUUCUUAGUCUUUGUGCAUUAUUGGAUGGAUUUUUACUUAAGCAUACUACGGCAUAUUACCAUAUUAUAACUAUGAUAAACAUGAAUUGUGCUCUAUGGUAUAUCAACUGCAAGGCUAUUAAAAUUGCAUCGCAAAGUCUCUCCGAUUGCUUCCUCAGGGAUGUCAAUAUGCAAUGCACGGCGACAUUGAUAGCUCGCUAUCGUUUCCUUUGGUUGAAUAUUUCCGAAUUAUUACAAUUGCUUGGAAAUGCUUACGCACGUACUUACUCUACUUACUGUCUUUUUAUGUUUACCAAUAUAACUAUAGCAAUAUAUGGUGCCUUAUCUGAGAUAGUAGACCACGGGUUUGGAUUCAGUUUCAAGGAAAUGGGUCUAUUCGUUGUCGCAGCUUACUGUUCUACGUUACUGUUCAUAUUUGUAGACUGUUCUCACAAAACUACAUUAAAGGUAGCGGCUGGUGUUCAGGAGACACUUCUAACUAUUGAUGUUCUGUCUGUUGAUAGACCCGCUCAAAAGGAGAUCGAUCAUUUCAUCCUAGCCAUCGAGAUGAACCCAGCUGUCGUCAGUCUGAAAGGAUACGCUGAAGUGAAUAGAGAAUUGCUUACUUCUGCAAUAAACACAAUAACCAUAUAUCUUAUCGUCUUGCUGCAAUUCAAGAUUUCGUUACCAAAGGAUCCCCAAGCUUGAGAUGUUUUUCGGAAUUUAAUUCAUUUAAAGAAGCGAUCUAUGUAUGUACUUAUUCAAUAGCUAUAGGUAUUAGAUUUAUAAA